CCUAACCCCUCGGUAACCUGAUUUUUUCUCUUUCAAUUCUUACCCUUCAUCUUUUGCACAAAAUCAUCUUUAUUUUAUUUAUCAAGAGAAAACAAAAAGUUCCAGCAGGCACUUUUCUUUUCCAAAAAUCACCACUUUUUUUUUUCCUGGAAAAGAAAAAGGUUUGGAAAGCGGGAAACUAGAGAGCCUUCAAUAGUAUCAGCGGUCAGCCCAGGUGGAAAACAAGAGUGAAAGUGGGGCUUAGGGGGAGCGCACCGCCUCUUUCGCAAGCCGCUGGGCCACCACCAGUGCGUGAGCCUUGGAUCCCUCAACGUAUUGCGAGACGCCGGUGUAUAGCCCGGACCUGUGCCCCAACAUGAUCGCCGCUCAGGCCAAGCUGGUUUACCAGCUCAAUAAAUACUACACGGAGCGCUGCCAGGCGCGCAAGGCGGCCAUCGCCAAGACCAUCCGAGAAGUCUGUAAGGUGGUCUCGGACGUGCUAAAAGAAGUGGAGGUGCAGGAGCCUCGCUUCAUCAGCUCCCUGAGCGAGAUCGAUGCUCGUUACGAAGGGCUGGAGGUCAUCUCGCCCACCGAAUUCGAGGUGGUGCUCUACCUAAACCAGAUGGGCGUCUUCAAUUUCGUGGACGACGGCUCGCUGCCCGGCUGCGCAGUCCUCAAAUUGAGCGAUGGGCGGAAACGGAGCAUGUCUCUUUGGGUCGAGUUCAUCACAGCGUCCGGCUACCUCUCAGCGCGUAAGAUCCGCUCGCGUUUCCAGACUCUGGUGGCCCAGGCGGUGGACAAGUGCAGUUAUAGGGAUGUGGUUAAGAUGAUCGCUGAUACUAGCGAGGUCAAGCUGCGCAUCCGGGAGCGCUACGUGGUACAAAUCACUCCGGCGUUCAAGUGCACCGGGAUCUGGCCUCGCAGCGCGGCGCAGUGGCCUAUGCCUCACAUUCCUUGGCCCGGCCCCAAUCGUGUGGCGGAGGUCAAGGCCGAAGGUUUUAACUUGCUCUCGAAGGAGUGCUAUUCGCUGACAGGCAAGCAAAGCUCGGCGGAGAGCGACGCCUGGGUGCUACAGUUCGGAGAGGCGGAGAACCGCCUGCUGAUGGGCGGCUGCCGAAACAAGUGUCUCUCGGUUCUGAAAACGCUGCGUGACCGCCACCUGGAGCUGCCCGGCCAACCGCUCAAUAACUAUCACAUGAAGACGCUGCUGCUGUACGAGUGCGAGAAACACCCACGGGAAACGGACUGGGACGAGGCAUGCCUCGGCGACCGGCUCAACGGCAUCUUGCUGCAGCUCAUCUCAUGCCUGCAGUGCCGCCGCUGCCCUCACUACUUUCUGCCCAACCUCGACCUCUUUCAGGGCAAGCCCCAUUCCGCCCUGGAGAGUGCUGCCAAGCAGACCUGGAGGUUGGCCAGGGAGAUUCUCACCAAUCCCAAAAGCUUGGACAAACUAUAGGGUGCUGGGGACUGCUUGAAAAGCCACAUAAACGGGCGCGCUUUCUCAUAUACACAACACACAACUCAGCGAAAAACAGCGGAAACUCAAGACAAACUUUUAUGUAAACCACCUGAAAGAAACAGGAACCAGGCAGGAGAGCUUCGUAAGCAAACAGAAAGAGGACUAACCAACCAUCCACAGCAAAACAACAAAAAAACACAAGAAGUAAAUCACGUUCUUGCACAAAAGUGAUCGUUUUCCUCCAAACAAUGUGAAUUUAAGUCACAAAAGAAGCAAUCGGGCUUUGCCACCACAAAAUGAAACCCAAGGUACAUUUUCAAGUCAAUGUAUAGUAAGUAGUUUUCCACCUUUCCCUCUUUCCUCUCUUCACCCCGUCCCCCCACCCCCCACUUCUUGCUUCUUUUUUGUUUUUGUUUGCCUGAAUGUUGUCACCAAGUGAAACAAAUUAUUUAACUAUAUGUAAAAUUUCUCUUUAAAAAAAGUUUUACUGAUGUUAAGUGUAUCUCUGUGCCAAUGUCAGACUGUGCCCCUCCCUCUCUUGCACCCCUAUCCUCACCCUAA